ACCUCGAUCUGAGCUCACCAACGACCUUAACACACAAUUUAAGGCAGGCAUAUUCUAUUUUAGGCCAGAAUCUGCACAAUUGCUCAGUCAAAACUAAGCUUCCAUACCUAAAACAUCUACUUCAUCAUGACUGGACUCGUCCGCCAGGCUGUGUGGGAUGCAGACUUGAUCCAAAACGGAAAAUAUGACAAGAUCGUUGUUCGAAACCUCGAGGUCACGAUCAAUGCUGGCACCGACGUCUGGGGUCGCAAGAAGAGCCAGCGAGCCUUAAUCAGCGUCACGGUCACGCUGACCAAUGAGUUCGCCUCUGCAUCGUCCACGGACUCUGUCGACAACAGCACAAUCCACUAUGGAACUCUCAGCAAGGCAAUUCAGGCCCAGUUUGAGGGAAAGACAACCAACUGGAUGUCUGCUUCAGACUUGUCGAACUCAAUUGCAGCAAGCGCGCAGAAGGUCGCCAAAGCAACGUCCAUCUAUGGCAUAGAGACCGAUGUUUUCUUCGUCAAGGGAAGCAUGUUCGGAGACGGAGCUGGCCAAGUCUUUUCCGUGAGAAACAGAUCCGAGGGCUUACACUCCAAGGCCAUGUACCUGCAGAAUGUCCGUAUUCCAUGCGUGAUUGGCGUCAACUCAAAUGAGAGGCUGCAAAAGCAGCCCGUUGUGGUCAAUUUGUGGAUUGACUGCAUCGAUGCUGCUCGGGCGGACGAUUACGCCAAAGUCGAGAGCGUCUUGUUCAAGGUUAUUUCGGAAUCGUCGUUCCAGACACUCGAAAGUCUCCUACCAAAAGUGAUAGACGAACUGAAGGAAAAGGUCUUCACUGCAGACAAGGAUAAAGAUACAUGGAUCAAACUUAGGGUUGAGAAACCCAUGGCAGUCCCAUUCGCAGAUGCUCCCGCUGUUGAGAUGACACGGCCGGUGCGAUCAAGAUAGGUACCUAGCAAUACACAAAGCCACCAGAGCAUUGCCUGCGAAUCAAAAUAAAGAUAUCUCGUCAAGGAUACCCAGCAAUCAGGGCAGAUCCCCCACACGAGGUUAGCUUCGUGCACUGUGAACGACACACCGUCCGCUUUUCUCCGAACAUAGCUGACUCAGAGUCUAUCACGACCC